AAUGCACCUGUCCCGUGCGUUUCUUCGCAGCGGUGAUGCUGAUGGAGUGUUUUCGCUCGCGGUGUUGGAGAUGUGAUGGGUCUUUUGGAGUCCCGCUCUGAUCGUCAUGUUUCCCGGGGUCCUAUACGCGCUGCUGGCGGGUUUUCUCGGCGCGGUCGCGUCCUCCUCCGCCAAACUGUCUCUCGGCACCGAUUAUCUGAAGGGCGUGUGUGAGACGGGACUGCGGACGUGGGGCGAGCAGAGGAAAUUCACGCAGCAGAACGACACAAGCGCGUGCGACUGGUUGCACAUCCCUCUCAGACUGCUGUGUGGAGGUCUGCUGUUCACCUGUAAUGCUGUGAUGUGGACGUUCCUGGCCAAAGCUCUCCGCAGCUCCUGUUCGUCCACCCGCACCACUGUGACCACCACCGCCUCCAACUUCAUCUCCUCGGCGUUUCUGGGGCAGCUAAUAUUCGGGGAGACGCACGUGGCUCUGUGGUGGGUGGGCAUCUCUCUCACUCUUUCCGGUCUUCUGGUGCUUCAUCACACGUCGCCCAACCUCACCCAAUCACACGACAGCAAGAGAGAAUGAUGCUGCGCGGCCGGUGCAAAAGCGUUAAAAUGCAUGCGAAACGACACUGCUGCAUUAUUAGAUGAGUUCAGAGUGUUUUAUAAACAUAUCAGAAAAACACUAAAAUCAUUACUAUUCGAACUGUAUGUGGGUCCAACUUCUCUAAGACACGCAAACCUCAUACAGUCUUACUGAGAUUUUAUUUUUGUUUGCUUCACUGCACCAGUGUUGCUUGAAAUAUGAGGUUAAACAUGAAAACUGACAAUUUGAAAUGGUCUUGCGGCCGUAAAUCUACUGUCAUGCCAAAGAUCCAUUUAAAUAUUUUAAAUAUAUGAAAUAUAAACAUUUAUUUAUAUUUGCUAAUACUUAUUAUUAAAAUAUUAAAUGUUAAAGAUCUAUACAAAUAUUAAAAACAACCGGUGCAUUAGUCUACAUCACUGUUAAGGUGGUGGGUGAAUCUCAAAACAUGCCUGGGUCACAUUUCACCUCAAAAUCAGAAAAAAAUAAAUUAAAUUUAAAAAAAUGUAAUUAAUAAGAAUAAAAAGGAAUAGAUUUAAAAAAUGAAAAUUAUGCAGGAAAAGUCACAUCAGUGACACAAUGGCAGCAUUUUCACCUUUGGGUGAAAUAAUGCUAAAUCUAUUUUCUUUUUCUUUUUCUGUUCAAAAUAUUAGCUAGUUUCUUGAAAAAACCCAUUGAUUUUAUUCAUUUUUCCUCUUUGCUCUAAAAUGUAAAAGUUGCCAGUUGAUUUGUCAACAGUGUUAUUUUAGUAGCAUGUAUAUAUUAUUAUAUUUUUGGUUAAUAUUUUGAAUUAGAUUUAUUUGUAUAUUUUUUACUGUUUCCAUAGGUAAAUUUAGUUUAAUUUUAGUUUUUUGUUUUUUUUUUUUUAAUUUUUUUUUUUUAAAGUUUAAAGUUUAAAUAUACCUGUAUAGAGUUCUGGUUUAUUUAGUUUUUAAUUAUUUUUUAUUUAUAUUUUUUAUUUAUUUAUUUAUUUAUUUUAAUUU